AAUGGGCUCCCAUAUUAAGUGCAUUACGGUAGGGGCGCUACUGCGUCUAUUACGGUAGCUGAGGGCUGUAGCGUAAGCUAGGAAUGGCGGCAGCCAGUGGGUCAGUAGUGUGUGUGUACUCGGCCAUGCUGCGUGGGCUCUGGGAACACUAAAAGUAAGUAAAAUAGCGUUUUUAUUGUGCUUACUCUGAGCAUUAAACCCAUUUUUAAUGUAUAGGUAGUCAGCAUGGCUCUGUGUGAAGCAGAAACGGUCUUUUAGUGUCUAUAAUUAAAUGUAGUUGUUAUUGUUUGUAGCUCAGAGGGAAACACUCUAUUGUGCUGGGGAUUGCUGGCCACUGAGGGGAGCUGUGGCUGCAUUUAAAGGGUUAGUAUUCAGUAGGAGUUUAAAGGGGGAAAUUCUGAGCAUGUAUGCUUAAUGGUGUAUUAUGUGAUCUGUAGGUGCUGAUUUUGGUGUAUAACUUUGGUGUGGAGCCCACAUGAGAUUCUUAUGGUUGUCAUGGUUGCUGUAUAUGAUUUAAUCUAUGUCACUGUUUUAUCACUGUGAAACAUAUAUUUUGCUAGUAUCUGUUUGUUGUAUAUUUUUAGUAAAUUGGCCUAAUGAUUCUAUCAUUGAUGCUGUUUUUUUACAAUUGAGUAUUUUUGGAUUAAAUAAAGGUAAAAGCUGUUUCAAAUUAAUUUGCCCUCCCAUUUCGGUUGAUUCAUCUUUUUGUUCAGAACCUGCUUAGUGUUACAGUUUUGGCGUCACGAACAGUUGUUUAUUAUUAUAAUUAUUUUCUUUUCUUUUUUUUUAUUUCUUUUUUUUUUUUGUCUGUGGGUUGGCAUAUAGUUUGAAGUUAGUAUCAUAGUAUAUAAAACAGUGACAUAGAUAGAAGACAGUGUAACUCUGGUGGGAAGCCCUAACAUUGGACCACAUUAGAAGACUCCAAGGUACAGGAUGUCUGUUGUGGAGCUAGAAGAGGAGUUAACGGCCUUACGUGAAAGACUGGUCAGAGAAAAGACUGAGAUGGAUAGAUUGAAAAAUCAAAAUGAUGUACUGACCGCCCAGUUAUUGGGCAAGGGACAGACUCCACCUGGGAAAGCUAAGAGCCCACAAAGUUCUUGCCCACCUUCACCUGCUGUGUCUGCUCCUGCAAGUAAUUUGGUUACCUCAGUUGAAGUGAUGUAUGUACCUAAGGAUAAAAAGAAUGUAAUAUUUUCGGGUCAACCAGGUACCAUGCCCUUCCAUGAGUGGGUAGAUGAAUUACAAUGUUCAUUUAAUUUUCGGCGUUAUGGGGCAAGGGAGCAAGCAGCUUUUCUUUAUGAUCAUUUAGAAGGUGAGGCAAAGCAGGAGAUUAGACAUAGCUCCAUUGAGAUUAGGAGAAAUCCUACUUUAAUACUGGAUACAUUGAAAGAAGCAUAUGGACAGCCAUUUUCACUUACAAUUGCCCAAAAGAGAUUUUUCGAUAGGAAACAGAAGGAAGGAGAGGGCUUACGAGAGUUCUCACAUGCUUUGCUGUCUCUGUCUGAGGAUAUUAAUAGGUGUAAUGGGGGAGUGGAACUGUGCAGUGACCAAACAGUACGAAACCAGUUUGCAGAGAAUGUAAGGGACCCAUUUUUGCGCAGGGAACUGAAAAGGUUGAUUCGACAGGACCCCGAGACUAGGUUUAGCUCCCUUCGUAGAGAAGCAAUAUUGUUUUGGGAGGAUGGUCAGAUGAGUGGGAAAAAUGCUCAUGUACAUGAAAUGGGGGCAGAGGGAGUUGAAUGUGCAAGGGUUAUUGGUAGUACUUCUAACCUUGAUUCUUUCAUUUCUGAAUUUAGGGAUAUGUUAAAGAAACAGGAGGAGAAGCUGGAAGGACUUACACAGAAGGUAGAAGCUCUACAAAUGCAGAAAGGUAGGCGUAUGGGGCGAUUAAGACAGGAACCUAGGUUUGAUUCUGCUGGUAGGCCAAUAUGUUUUAAAUGUCAAGGGGUUGGUCAUAUUGCUAGGUUAUGUCGAGCAGGAGCCACUAACCCAGAUUUGAAUUAUAGUCAAGGAGUACUUCCAGAACAGACACGGGUUGUGGGGCAGGUGCAGGAGCAGCAGGGAAACUUCAGCCCCCUGUAGUGCAGAGCCAACUUACAGGUGGGGGGCAGCCAGGCUCAGGAGACAUUAUUAGUCCUUCUAAAGAGGUACUUAGCACUUUGAUGGGACCAACACCAGUAAUUGAAGUAGAUAUGGGUGGUGUUGUGGUCCCUUGUUUGUUGGACACUGGAUCCAUGGUCACCAUUAUUACAGAGAGUUUUUUUGAAGAACAUUUUGCAUGUAGAGGUGAGGAUCUGUUGAAAAAUUGUGGGUGGUUGACCUUAAAAGCAGCAAAUGGUCUCUCCAUACCAUAUUUGGGUUUUUUGCAAAUGGACCUUAAAGUUAUGGGAAAAGUUAUUCCCCAAUGUGGAAUACUGGUUGUAAAAGACUCUGUAGACCCUCUAACUAAGUCAAAAAGAGAAAUUGUCCCUGGCCUGCUUGGCAUGAAUGUAAUAAAGGAAUGCAGUGAAUUGUUGCCUUGUAAGAUUAAUCUUUCAUUGAAAAAAUGUCCUGUGUUGUCUGAAGGCUUUGUUAAAGUAAUGUCUACAUCGGCUGUUGUGGUACCUGCAGGGUCCAUGUGCUUAGUCCCAGCCACUGGUUUUCAAAGUACGUUGACUACAGGGUAUUCUGCGUUAGUAGAAGGAUUGGAAUUGGACGAAGGGGUUUUGCCAACUAACCUUUUUGUGGCGUCUGCGUAUGUGUGGGUUGAGGGUGGGCAGCUAAUGGUGCCAGUAGUCAAUGUGGGCUCUAUUGAUAGAACUUUACAACCACAUACACGUAUAGCACGUCUAGUUCAAGGGGACAUUGUUGCAGGGGGAGGACAGUCAGUGCAAUUUCAGGAGUUGACUUGUGGUGAGGUGCAGGUGUUUGUAGGUUUACAUGAGGCUGCAGUUGGUGAUCAGCAAGGGGGUACCAGCAAGGAAGCACUUAACCUGGAUAGUCCACAUUUAUCAGAGCUUCAGUCUAGGCAAGCAAUAGAAUUAUUAAGAGAAUAUGCAGAUGUUUUUGCAUAUAGUGAUAAUGACUUGGGGUGUACAGAUUUAAUCCAACACCAGAUACCCCUGAUUGAUAAUGCUCCAGUAAAGCAGCGCUAUAGAAGGCUUCCUCCCAGUCAAUAUGAGGAAGUCAAAGCCCACAUUAGACAGC